GCCUGCUCUCUUCCUGAACUCUCACGUCCUCCAACUACUACACGUCUAUCCUUCGCAUCUAUCAUGUUCAUCUGUCUACCCAUCAUCUUUGGAUUGUCUGACAAGGUCAAGCCUGAGAAGAACCAGCAGCCUCGCGUCUGCCCUCACUGCCGCAAUGCGUCCGUCGUAAAGGCGAAGAGGACGAAAUGGUUCGAGCUCUUCUGGAUCCCCCUCAUUCCCUUCCACUGGAAGCAUAUAUGGGUCUGCGGGAUCUGUCAUUGGGCGCUGCCCAUACCCAAGGAAGAAGGCCAAUGGGAGCCCCCUCUUGCCGGUGGACAUCCAGGAAGUGGUCCAAAUGGUCUACAGACGGGCGCACCGAAGGAACGCGACGGCUACCAGCCAGCCUAUCUCAAUCCGAAGGCUUGAGCAUCUGACCUGGCCGUUCACUCGCCGACUUCCUGUCCUCAUGCAGCCAGCAUCCACGCCUGGUUACACGUGUAAGAUGAGUGUCCUUACACUGCACUGUAUCGGACUAUAUGCCUCCCUAUCUGCUGUUUCUCCGCCUAUACCGAUGUACAAUAUAAUGAGGCUGCGGCCCAUGUCGAAUCCAUUGUACUUGGCGUCGUACGUGGCCAAUUUCAUGCAGCUGCCAAAUCCUGUUUUAUUUUGAAGGCUUCAUGAGCUCUUCGACCUCGCAGGACAUCGAGCGCAGGAAUCGCUUUUCGAGAGUCUACUAGCCGUAUCGGU